AAUUUCACAUCCAAAAUUUUCAAGCUCUGUAUGUUUGCAGGAAUCAAACUACUAUAAAGUCACAUUCGAUAGUCGUAGGAACGACUUACGUGUUGAUGUAAUAACUGUCCAGAUAGGUUGUUUUGAAAUACAUGUAGCGAGGAGUUUUGGUGGGGGCGUCUGAACGAAGCCCAACUGGGUGAACUCGGGACAUACUGUCAAAACGUUUCUAACUCCGAAUAUUCAAGCCUUCGAAGACGUUAGGAGGGGAGGAGAAUUCACGACAUAGCUAUGGCGGAGAUUGAUGAAGCCAUCAAGAAAAUUGCGUCCCACAAGGGCGUUGUAGGGACGAUCGUUGUAAACUCAGAUGGCAUUCCGAUUCGCACCAGCCUGGACAACACGACCACCGUGCACUACGCCAGUCUAAUCCACCAACUGACGAGCAAGGCACGCUCGUGUAUCCGUGACAUCGAUCCAGCAGACGACCUGACGUUUCUUCGCAUUCGUUCCAAGAAGCACGAAAUCCUCGUUGCACCAGAUAAGGAGUUCUUCCUAAUUGUCGUUCAGAACCCCUCCUCCUAGGAGUACGUCUGCCGCUCGACGCAAUUCUAUAUCUUCCACGUACUUGCCUUUCCACAAAAUGACUCAUGACUUGUGUUCUAGCUGUUGCAACCCUUGUUCAGCACAAGCGGUAAUUGUUGUUGCUAUUGAACAUUGACCAUGAAUGCAUGCUCUAUAAAGUCUCAAAACAUCUGCCCGCCGAUGGGCCAUGACACAGCGCGAUAGAGCGCACGCUACAUUUGUUUUUACUCCGCUCGCAUAAUUAUUUUGACUUCUUCAAGAUUUUUUGUUUUCGUUUUAGGAUGCACUCCCCAGUGUUGCAAGUAUGUGUAGUCAGCGGGGUCCCUCCUUGCAAUGUUCUGUGACUUAUCUGCCACAGGGACGAUGUGGUGGUGCUUCAUGUGCAAAGUAUGACGGUCGGUUGCCAUCAGGUUUUUCCACGUUUUCGCGCCGGUACACAGGGGCGUCCUGUGACACGGCACUAUCAUAAUUAUAAUAUGUGCCUUUCAAUCAACGCUGGUAUUGAA